UGGGUCUAUUAUUUUUGUGCUCCUGUAGUUUUCAAUCCCUUUUCUCUCCUGAAAACCGUUACAUCAUGAGUAGUAUGUCAGAAGACAGUAAUGGCGUCCCGCGUCGUAAGAACUCCAACACGUACACCCGCCAGGACUUGAAGAAUGCAAUAAACCUGAUCAUCGAACGGGGCACCUCCAUCCGCCGGGCGGCAUAUAUGUGCAACGUCCCGAGGACAACGUUGUCGACGUACCUCAAGUCCAUAACGCACGGGAAAAUCAGCAAGCUUCAUCCGCAGGAGGAGCAGGCGCUAUACCAGUGGAUGACGGAUUGCUGCAAGCGCGGGUUUACCAUCAAAAAGCGAAACGUUGAAACGGCCGCCGAAGCGCUGGUACAGAAGAGCGUCCCCGCCCGUACGCACCCGUUCCAGGACACCGAGUUCGGCAAACGUUGCUAUCAGAAGUUUGUCAAACGAUGGGUAACCACCGAUCGUCUUAAGGACCGGAAACAUUUCGGUGGGAUAGCGGACUGGUUCCUGCACAUUGAGACCUACCUGAUGGAGUCGAACCUGUUCGAAAUACUAAGCCAUCCGAACCGAGUAUUCCUUUGCGACGAGUUGCGGUUCCGGGAGCGGGUCGAAAUGCAGGAACCGAUUCGUGCAGUGCUGAAAAAAAUGACCAUGCUCUACACAUUCUCUGCCGCCGGUGAGCAUUUGUCGCCGUUGCUGGUGUACCCGUAUCGGCGCGAUGUACCACCGGACAUAGUGAAAGCCGCCCCGAAAAACUGUGCCAUCGUAGCGCACGAGUACGGCCAGGUGACCCCGAAGACGUUCGCCGCCUACCUGGACAAGGUGGUAGACAAGUACGUAACGGCAAACAAUGUGACCAAACCGGUGAUCAUUUUCGUCGAUGAGUCACAGGUCGAUCUUACGUUGCAUCUGCACAACACCUGCAAAAGGUUGGGCAUCGUACUGCUGGGACUAACGGCUGCCCAGGUUGUGAAGCCGACGGCUAACGUGUUCAACGAUAUCUGCAGCGGAUGGGAGCAAGAGCUGCCAAAGUUUGAAAAGGAAUCGAGCCGAUCGUUUACGCUGGCCGACUGUGCCGGGCUAAUGCAAACCGUGAACCAACGCUAUAUCAAAAGUGAGGGCUUAACGAAGGAUUUCAAGGCCAGUUCGUUGUACCCUUGGAAUCGACCCAUUCGUACUGCACCGGACACUACCAAUUUGGUGGGGAUUUCAUCCACCAGUGAUGAAGUGGACGCUAUGGAACCGGACGACGAAGAUGAUGAUAAUGAGAUAGAAAAUUUCCUUGAAAAUGUUGAUGGUUGGUCCGAUGGCGAUGACGAAGACGAGGAUCUUGAUAACGAAGAAGAUUUCAUGGACGACGAAGACGACGAUGACGACGACAAUGAUGAUGAUGAUGAUGAUGGUGGUGAUGAUGAAGAUGUGCCUGUCGAAACAACGAUGGACAAGGACGCAUUGGGAAAUCUUCGUAGCAGUGAACCCAUUUCCACAAAAAUUACAGCCACUCCCGGUGGGUGCGAGAGUGAAUCAAAGAAACCAGCUACAGCUACAUCCGUCACAGGUGAUUCCGAGCUAAAAGCGAUUCCAAAUGGAACCGCGAAUGCUACCGAAGCAGGUGAAGCGCCGGCACAAAACACUUCCAAUACGGACGAUGAGAACGAAGGGCCACCAGAUGAUAUCGAUAUCAGUAUUAAUUUCAUAGAUUUCAAACGUGCCAUAGGUAAGGAACUAACCGAAAAGUUUGAACGGAAGCUGGAAACUCAAGACCGUUUAGCGUUGACCAAUCAUGCCGAGAACGUCCUGUACGACAUCUAUCGACAGUUUCGGUGUGAUGUUGUUACCGACAGCGACGACGACUAUGAUAUCGUCGAAAUUGGCGAUGAUUAAGGGCUUGAUAGGUUUUUGGAUUCGGACAUUUGUUUUCAUUUUCACCUACGCUUUACCAAAAAUUUUUUAGCAUGGUACAAACAUUCCAUUAGCUGUAGCUAGUCCGGAUAGUAUUACGUAUUAUGAAGCACAAAAACACUAGCGUAUCAAUAAGAAAUAGAUUGAAUAAGAUUAUAGCAUUUUACUUUUUCCCAAAAAGAGGUACCAAAUAUUUUUAAUUCAUUGCAUCAUUAAGUUUUAAUUCUUUGCAUUCAUAGUGCGUGGUCGAAUGUAAGUGCGUGCGUAUUUCAAUAAAAUUAAUCAAACCUA